AUGACUCCCCCCACCCCCCGCCCCGCUCCUCACCCGCAGUCGCCCGCGGUCGGACCACUCCCCGAGGCCUCACGGGAAAGGGGCGGGGCCCCAGGGAAGCCGUCGGAGCGCGCGCCGCCGCCGCCGCCGCCGCCGCUCUUAAAGGGGACGCGACACUCCCAGCUCACUGGGCCCCAAGCCUUUGGCCUUCUGUCCCCCACUGCACCAGCUCCCCGCUCAGGCUCCGCUGCCAGCUUCCUGUCCCCUGCCCCCCACCGCCCCGCGCCUGGCCACCUCAGCCCCGCCUUCGAUGCUCGUACAGUGCCCCACGUUCCUCUGCCCCGCCCGGAACUCUCCACAGGCCCCGCCCCCUGCCCCGCGGUCCGCGCUCAUUUGCUGGCGCCCUUCCACUCCGCUUCCCCAUUGAUCCGUUUGCGCCUCUUCUUUUACGCCGUCCGCUCAGCUCCGCCCCUCGCAAAGCGGCAGCGCGGCGCAGGCCCGGCCCCUCGGAACUGGCGGACUUUUUCCGUGUCGCUUCCCCUUCUUCCCGGCAUCCCCCUUUCCGCUUUCUCACGGCUCUUUGGUUCUCCCACCUCUCAGGCGCUUCGCGCCCAGGGGUUCACUGACGUCAUCUCUCUGCGCUGCGCGGAUACCCGCCGGUGGAGGAAGGAGCAGCUCCGCCGCCCUUCGCUUCUUUUGUUGGGCUGCUACUCCUCCGGAGUCAUGGCGCCGUCGCUGUGGAAGGGGCUGGUGGGCAUCGGCCUCUUUGCCCUAGCCCACGCGGCCUUUUCCGCUGCGCAGCAUCGUUCUUAUAUGCGAUUAACAGAAAAAGAAGAUGAAUCACUGCCAAUAGAUAUAGUUCUUCAGACACUUCUGGCCUUUGCAGUUACCUGUUAUGGUAUAGUUCAUAUUGCAGGGGAGUUUAAAGACAUGGAUGCCACUUCAGAACUAAAAAAUAAGACAUUUGACACAUUAAGGAAUCACCCAUCAUUUUAUGUAUUUAAUCAUCGCGGUCGAGUACUGUUCCGGCCUUCGGAUACAACAAAUUCUUCAAACCAAGAUGCGUUGUCCUCUAACACAUUGAAGUUACGAAAACUUGAAUCACUGCGUCGUUAAGAUUUUUACAAAUUAUAAUAACAGAAUAGGACAGGACACAGAGCUGGAAUAUUGGAGUUUGGGGUACAAAACACUCCCCCCCAUCAGUAUUUAUAUUGAUCUUUCAGACCUAAUUAAAAAAGUCUAUGACCCUUGUUUAUACACUGUUAAUCAAACCAUGAAUGCAAUAUAAGUUAUCUGUGAAAUGAGUCUUUGAUCUUUCAUAGAGAAUUCUUUUUUCAUCUAAAACAAAUUCACAUGUUUUGUAAAAGUCACUGUUUUGAACACAUUUCUUUGAAAAACGGUGGUUCUGUAAUUAUUUAUUUUCUUAGAUUUCUUUUCUUUUGCACUACAGUUUUCAGGAUCCUUUUGGAGAUAGUGUGACUACUGCAUUUUGCAGCAUGAAUGCUAGUAAAAUGGUCUUUAAGUUCUUAACAACAAAUGGACUUCUCUAAAGAGACCAAAAUGGUGACUUAUCAGUUUUUCUUAUGCCCCCUAAAAAGUGGCUCUGCUUCAGCAGAUACUUGCCAGUUUUAAUUUAUCCAUUACUUCUCACCCUACCCCGCUCCCAUAUACCUCCUAACAUCAGUCUUGUUUCAUCACUUCUCUGGGGUUCUGUGUGCAGCGAGCAAUUUUUGUGUCAGAAAUCCUUUGUCAUAACAAAUAUAUUUAACAAACUCAGCUUGCUGUAAAGCUACUUGUGUUCUCUUCAUUUAUUGGUAAAAAAUGUCCCGAAUUGAUUGUGUAGUGUAAGAAUAGUUGAAGAUAGACCAAAAACACCAUCCAUGAAUUAAUUAUCCUGCCUGUGUAGAAGAAUAGUAAUCACUGAGGAAAACUGAUUACUUGUCAUUAGCCAGUUUAACUUAUUCAAAAUCUCUGUUAUUUUAUUGCAUACUAAACUAGUGAAUUAGUAAAAAUAAAGGAAACCUCAUUAAAGGUAGACUUCAACGGAAUUGGGCCAAAUAUGUUCUAAAUAUUUGGAACUCAUGUCUUUAAAAGAAAUUAAGGUCAUUGAAGAAAUUGUUUCAUAGCUUCUGAUUUGUUUUCCAUCUUCAUUGUAUGUUGCUGAAGGUGAGGAUGAGGGUACAGAGAAGAAUUUUUUUAGAAACAGUAAUCUAAGUUUUAGGGGAAUUUGGCUAGCUCUUUGAUCUGCAGGAAGCUUAACAUUUCUACAUUUCUUCUUAGAAAACAUUGCUUUUGUUGAAUCAUACAGGUAUGGAAACAUUGCUUUUGUUGAAUUGUAUAGGUAUAAAGGGAAUAACUGUAUGCAGAUUUGAAAAGGAAAUGUGCUUUAGGCAAGAGUCAUGAGAUGUCCUUAUCCUUGAAGGCAUUUUUUUCCAUUAGUAAUGAACCUCAGCUCUUCUGCCUGGUAACGCAGCCUGAAAUACAAGAUUAUUUUGUCAUUGGGUUUUUAUCCAUUGUUUAAUUUUGUUUUGCCAACCCAAUCUGUGGAACACUGACUCUGCUCUCUAAGGAGAACAAAGUUAGAAAUCUGUUGAAAACCUAAAAUAAUUUAGAAAUGAGUUUAAAAUGUGAAGUCAGGGGUUAAAGUGGUUGUAUUUAAAUCAGAACAGUGUAUGAGAAACAAGCUCCUUACGUCAGGCCUGUGUACCGUUUCCUCAGGUAUGACUUGAUUCGCAAGAGCGUCUUAUUUUCUUCUCUUUGGGGGCCUGUCUUCCUUUCCUAAUAGGUUUUAAUAAUAACUUUACUGAGGUAUAAUUCACAUACCUUACCAUUCACCCAUUUAAAGGGUACGAUUCAGUGGUGUAAUAUAUUCAUGAAGUUGUGCAACCAUGAUCACAGUGAAUUUGAGAACAUUGCCAUCAGCCCAGAAAGAAACCCUGUGCCCUUUAGUGGUUACCUGUCUUUUUCCCCCAGUGCCUCCCAGCCACUAAUCUACUUUCUGUCUCUGUACAUGUGUCUAUUCUGGUCAUUUAAUAUGAAUGGAUUCCUGCAGUAUCUGGGUUUUCAUGACUGGCUUCCCAAAUAUGGUUUUGUUCUAUGUGGAGUGAGAACUUCUCCUCUUGAGAACUGUGAUUGCUGUAAAAGGAAGUGGUUUGUAAAAAUCAGUAGAUGUAAGGAGGGAGGGUCACCUACCUAACAGGUUUCUCAGUCCGUCUUAUGCUGAAUAGUUUUUUUCUCAGAACCAAGCAUUCAUGAUAUGUUACUACUUAUAAUAUUUUUGUCUAGUCUCUAGAAUGGAUAUUGAUAUGGAUAGCCCAGUCAGGAAAGUCCUGCUAAAUAUGAUGCCAAAUAACGUGGCAAAUAAUUGACAUAGCAGUCUUCAGUUGUGUCUCAUUUUGCUAGGAGCUUGUAUACCUCUGGUCAGGUGAGCUUCCCAAAUUUUUUCUUUAAUUUCCUCCAGUGAAUUUAUGCUGUCUUUUAAAAGUAGGUACCAUAGGAUUUGGGUGAUUUGGGUGCUUCUUAACAGCGCUAAAUGGAUUAAGUUCAGAAUUCUAUUUAUACUACUAUGAGGCAGUACUAAGGUAGCCAAAAAUGUAGUCAUGCGAGCUAGUUAAGCCUGCAGUUGACUAUGAUUUCAGUGACAUUCAUAAGUGUGUACUGUUGAAGGCUCUCUAGAAUAUAGGAAGACUCAAUGACCAGGGAACCAGCCAAAUGCUAUGGCCUAGUGGGCCAGCUGCAGAAAAUGCAGAUUUGUGAAUUAGAGACUGUGAUGCUCUGUAACUCCCUAAUGAUUGUUUUCUAAGCAUUGUGGCUUAUUUUUGAGUGGCAUGACAGCAUCCCCCUGGUUGUAUGUGGCCUGUUUCCAUGAUGUAUUGAGUAGUGUUGUUUGUUGUGAGCAUCGAUGCCUGUAACACCAAGCUAAACACAUUCUUUUGGAUAUGUUUCCUCUCUUUAAAUGACCUUGCCCUGUCCAAUAAAUAAAUGAUUGUCUCACCCUG